UUGAGUUUUCGUACCCUAAAGCAAGCUACAAUGAAGACGUUCCGAGUUUUGCUUCUUGCUUUGAUUUUUAGCGUCCAAGAAUCAGAAGAGUACAAGAUUAUAAUUACUAGACAGCCACGCGAUAAAUUCACAAUUCCUUCAUUUCUCUGUACUUCAAACUGGAGAGACAAAUGUAAAGAUAUGGGUGGAACGACUACACGAACAAAUCAUUGUACAUGUAAAUGCACGGAAGGAAGCAAGAAUGUAUUCGGGUAUUUUGAAAAGUCUUGGAAGUGCAUAAGUAACCAUGACCUGCGUCUUAACUUUUCAGGAUGUAUCUAUGAACAUUUUUAUGAAGAAAAUGACAAUUCUAGCUUGAAAGUGGUGUCACUGGACAAAGUACGAUUUGGUUCUUAUAAAUAUCUUGGAUAUCUUUCCAAAUAUUGCAGCCUUGAAAGUCAGAUUUCAUAUUUGAAUUGCCACGGCGAAUGGAAACAGUUCAAUGUAAACUCUAGUAUGGGCUUUUCUUUUCAAGGACAWAUGCAUAGCUUGUAUUAUCGCGAUAAGAAUUACUUUAAAAAGUAUUGGCCAAAAGUAAAUGGACGCAUAAUAAAUCUAAGCCUGAAAUGCUCUGCUAAUUACUCUGGAGAGAAACAAGGAGGACACUGUGUCCUGUUGAAAGUUAAAGGAAAGCAAAAUUGCAAAGACACAUUGCUAACUAUUUCAACUUCAACUACUACCAUAAAAUUGGCUCAAACAUCUCCAUCAGCCUCUUUCACAACUUCUUCCACAACCUCCUCCACAGCCUUUUCAGCAACCUCUUCUACAACUGCCACGAAGCUGGUUCAAACGUCUUCCACAACCUCUCAAACAACCUUAUCAUCGUCCUUCAACAAACAAACAACAUUGGGUCAAACAUCAGCCUUUUCAACAACCUCUUCAGCAACCUCUUCAACAACUGCCACGAAGCUGGUUCAAACGUCUUCCAUAACCUCUUCCACAACCUCUCAAACAGCCUCAUCAUCGUCCUUUAAUAAACAAAUCAUUACAAUGAAAUUAGGUGGAAUAUCUUCAAUAACUUCCUACAAAACCUCAAAGUCAUCCAAUGAACAAACAACCCCAACAGUCACAGCCGGUAAAAAAAUAACCACUGUAACGCUCAUGAAAACGUCUUCAUAUGAGUCAACUACUGCAUCAUAUWCCAUAAUUGAUAUUUCGUCACCGACUGGACGUGUUACUAAGAACACAAAAUCUCAAACGUCUGAUGGCGUCUAUACACGUUUUCAGCAKCCAAACUCACCUCAAGAAGAAGAAAGUGCUAAUACCAAUGACAGUAGUAGUGCUACAAUCAUUGGAGGAACUGUUGUUGGUGUUAUUGCACUAGUCGUCAUUAUACUGAUUGGUGUAAUAAUAAGAAAAAAGAGAUUUUCCCAAGCCAAGAGAGAGUCAACUGUAGCAGAAAAUCCUUCAUACGAUUACGCAAUACCAAUGAGUCCAGGACGACUGCAAUUUCCACACAAUGAGUAUUCGUACGCUUAUGCCGACAAUCAUCCAGUUGCCGUUAGAGAAAAAAACGGCAGCGAGUUAGGCUCAAGAGUUGUAAAUAUCCAUAAUGGAAACAUCGAAGGUUUCUCGGGUUCUCCACCGAACCACAGUGCACCCAUUUACGCCAAACCUAACAAGCCACCACGCAAGCGCAAUGUUKUCAGCCAAGGAACUCAACGGGCGACAAAGCAAGAGCCCGUUUAUGAUGUACUAGAAGACCCAAACUCGACUUUGAACACUUCACCAAACACGGAUGGGCCAACUUAUGAUACACUAGAGGAUCCAAAUUAUGCAAAACCUCUGAAAAACGCCUGUGACGUUCUAAGUCAAAAGCACGAAGGAACUAAGACGGAAGAUGKCCCUGUUUACGAAGGACACAAAGACCCAAACUCUAUUAGUGCUCCGAUACACAGCGUACUUGAAGGAUCCAAUUCCAAUGAGCAGCAGCAAGUAAAUGAUGCCCUUGAGUACAAUGACCCCCACAUAUAUGGUUCCCUUGACAGUCCAGACCCUCAUAUAUACGGUGCACUUUAUUAUCCCACGACAAACGUUUCUUCGGGGUAUAACAACGUGCUUUAUGGGAGUAUUAAUGAYACAAUAACGUUAGAUACACGUCAACUUGGUCAACUUGGUUUGGAGUCCUCUGAACAAGGCUUUUCAAAAAAUGUUAUGGCAAUGAAAAACAUGUCUGGAGUCAACUAGCCGCGCAACAGGACUGUGUGUUAGUUAGUUUUGUUUUCGAUGUCUCGGAUAUUAUCAAACCUACUAUAUGAGGUCAUUGGUCAUGUAGAUUUUGGGAUUUUUAGUGGAACAUACUUUUUUACAUUGCGCUUUAUAAUAUACUCUUUCCUUUUUAUUUGUAAUUGCCCUACAUAAAAUGUGAAUUAAAAUGAUGAUUUUGAAUCUGUUAA